CCGGGCUGCUUGUCGCUCCAGAUCAGCGGUGCUCUCUGUCGCCAGCGGCGGUCCAGUGCGGAGCCGGAGCGAGGGGCAGCGCCACUCAGCAGCGAGAUUCAAGGCAGUUUGCUGCAGUCGCUUCCAGGAGGAUGGACGCCGAGAUGUGUGGUGGCUGCGCGUAUUAACCUUCAGCAACGGGAGUUUGUCCUACUUGAGAGAGAGAGAGAGAGCGAGAGCGAGAGCGAGAGCGAGAGGGCGGCUCAGAUCUGCGUGAACUUCACCAGCCUUUGGAAGCAGUGAAAAUACCAGGACGCUUUCUCCAGACGCGUUGAUUCUUUAUGCACGGUUUUGCUCAAGCGCUCUUCACGCAGUCAACGGAGUGUGUGUGAGCAGAGGUGGGACUCUGGGGAUGUGUAAAGUCUCCAUCCAUCCUGGGUCUCUGCAGCAUUCUCUGGGCCUUUGUGCAAGGUAAGACAAAAAGUGUGUGUCCUGGGUGUGUGUUCGCCAUGGCUCUAGUUCAGGCACUGCCUGUGCCCACUGAUCAUCCCAAACCCAGCGCUGACGUCCAGCAGUGCUGCUCAGUGUCUCACUCCCCCACCGUAGCUGUGGCAGGCACCAUGGGUUCUGUCAGCAGCCUCAUCUCUGGACGUACCUACCAGGAGCGUCACUGCCGAGCUGCCAGCGACUUUGGCGCCAAGUAUCGCAAACCCACACCAGCUACAAGCUGCUUCAGACAGCAAGAGGGCACGCUACGCAGCGCCAGCUCACAGGAGCAGCUUCUCACCAGCCAGCCUCCUCUACCAGCUAAGAAAAGGUCUUCUGCCCUCAUCCCUGCUGGCAAUGGCAACUAUGGCUAUUUGAGUGAUGAGCCAGUGGGCGACUGGAAUGAUAAUCAUGUGACCACGUGCAGCCCGUCCAGUGAUACCGAAGAGCCUCCUGAUAACAGAGGCAUGAAUGGUAACAUUGGUGGCCCUCCUCCCAAACUCGUCCCAGUGUCAGGCAGGCUGGAAAAGAGUAUGGAGAAGAUACUGAUCCGUCCCACUGCCUUUAAGCCUGUCGUGCCCAAGAAUCGCAACUCUGUGCAAUACCUGUCUCCACGGUCAGGGGGCAGUCUGUCUGAAAGCCAGGGCAGCCUCAACCUCUUACUUCCUGGCACUGGAGCAGGUUUGGGCUGUACGGAGAAGCGUAACUCUUACAGUGGGGGGCGCAACGCACGGAAUAGCCAGUCCUGCACUAUGUCUGACUCAGGCCGCAACUCACUCUCCAGCCUACCCACCUACAGCAGCACAGGAUACAGCCUGGCACAGAGCGAGGUACCUACCGGGCACAUGGAAACCACACGCUCCGGCGGUGGCCACGGACACUCUAACUCCGACAGUGGUCGGUCAUCAUCCAGUAAGAGCACGGGGUCUUUAAGUGGCCGUGGCCAGCCCCUCUCUGACAACGGAUCGUGUGGCCGCUCCCCAGCUCCAGGAGAAGGGUAUGAAGGUGUCAUGCGGGAACUUGAGGAGAAGCUGAGGGAAAGAGACCUGGAGCUGCAGCAACUCAGGGACAACCUGGAUGAGAACGAGGCAGCCAUCUGUCAGGUGUAUGAGGAGAAACAGAAGCGUUGUGAGCAAGAGUUGGAGGACCUUCGGCAGAGCUGUGCAUCAAAAAUGAAGCAGGUGCAGCUGAAGGCACAGCGGGCGCAACAGGUCCUGCAGUUGCAGGUGUUUCAGCUGCAGCAGGAGAAGAAGAAACUGCAAGAGGACUUCUCCCACCUGCUGCAGGAACGGGAGGCGUUGGAGAAGAGAUGUGCCUCAUUUGAGAAGGAGCAGACUCAGUUAGGUCCUCGUCUAGAAGAGACAAAGUGGGAGGUCUGUCAGAAGUCAGGUGAGAUCUCUCUGCUGAAGCAGCAGUUGAAGGACGUACAGGCUGAUCUUGGCCAGAAGGCCAGUGAGAUUAUUGCUUUGAAGGCCCAGUUGAGAGAGGCUCGUUCAGAGCUUCAAACUAGCCAGGCUCGCUCGCAGGAAGCCCACGCCACAGCCCGCACUCGUACACUCGAACUUGAAGUUUGCGAGAAUGAGCUGCAGCGUCGUAAAAGCGAAGCGGAGCUCCUGAGGGAGAAGGUGGGCCGUUUGGAGAAAGAGUCCCUCCGUCUUAAAGAGGCCCUGGCAGUGCAUCCAUCCCAAACUCUUCCUUCUAAGGUUCAAUGCAUGAGCUUGCCCCUUCCCCAAAGCCGUGGAGGAAUUGCACACGGGAUUAGUCCUGCUUUCCGGGACAACUGCAAUGAAGAGCAGUUUCUAGCAUACGAGAGCGAUGAAGCGAAGGUGCAGCGUCAGAGCGUGGAUGUGCUUCACGGUCUCCGUCAGCAGGUGGACCGACUGCGGGCUGAGCUGAUGUAUGAGAGGAGGCGGAGUGAGGACCAGCUGGAGGCCUUUGAGGAUGAACGCAGGGUGUGGCAGGAAGAGAAAGACAAGGUGAUACGUUACCAGAAGCAGCUGCAGCAGAACUACAUCCAGAUGUACCGCAGAAACCGAGACCUAGAACGUGUGAUGAGGGAACUUAGUCUUGAGCUGGAGAACAGGGACAUGGAGGAGUUUGACAUGCGUAGCAAUGAGAUCCAUUUCGAGGAGAUCACUGCCACUGAAAUCUAACCCACAUCUCACUCUGCCAAUGUAUUUCCACUGUCCUUGUGUGAGGAGCACUGGCCUUCACUGCAGUGUCAUUUGGCAUGCUUCUCCACACUAUUUCAAAAAGACUUAUGUUCAAGGCAAGUUAUUGUUGUGAUGUCUGCAGAGGCCAAUAAUACAUGAAACGUUUGUAUUUUGACAUCUUUAUGAUCACUUCCUGCCUCGGAAACCUGUGAGGGACUUCAGAUGAAUGUACAAUGACUGUGAACAGCAGUUAAUUGAUGCCACUGGUGAAGGGAAGGAUGUAUUCAAAGAUGGUGCUUUGUUCCUGACAAACCCCUAUAGUACAACUAGGGCUGUAAUUUAGCUGAAUUCUGAUAAAAAGUAAUGCAAAAAAUAUUGCAUUUAAUCCCCCUGUUGACCUGAAACAUUAUUUUUUUUACGCAGGAAAAUCACAAAAGACGUGUUUUUCUAUUCAAGAGCAUCUAUGCAGUGGUGCAGAUGAGCAGGGCUCUCAAAUUUUUUUUAAAGUUCAACUACUUUGAAGUGUAACAUGUUGACAUAUGAUGCAAGAUGCAACAUAAUUGCCAAAGACAUUUGUAGCAUAGAGCGAAUUCUAGAACGUGUCCUUUGUGAACUACCUUGGGCAGAUUGACAAAUCCAAUUUCUAAAUGGGUUGAUGUGAACUGCAGACCAAUGAUGGGUUUAUGUUUAAUAAUAUCAAAAUAAAAAAAAUUAUGAAUGUCCAUUCAAUACUUUUCACGCCUGCUCUUAUAUUUGGAUUUUUUUCCUCAACAAAUAUUGAUGUAUGCAGUUAUUUAAGAUUAAUUUGAUUACUUCAGUUACUUAAUUGGCAGCCUCAAUUAGUUUAAUCCAGUACCUUAAACACAAUCAGAAAAGACUGUCCCUGCAACAAAAUAUACUGAAAUGGCUAUGAUAUUAAAGAACCAAUGGGAAGGAAUACAGCAUGUAGGCUAAGGGUUUCGUUGAGUUUCUUAUAUCCUAUAAAGGACAGAGAACACUACUUGCCUCGCCCAUUGUACCAGCAUUAACACUGAUGGGAAGAGACUUGGAGGCACUCUAUUGAGCAUCUCAUGUUAAGUCACAGAAUCUGCAGUUUUGUUGCAUUCAGUCUUGGUGUUCUAGUUGUGCUGGUGUUAAGUCCUCAAUAACAUUGUGUCAUAUCUUCUCAGCUAUUUACGGCACUAUGCAGCAAGAACUGUCACCUCUCAUCUCACAGCCCUGCUGCUUACGCUACAUUUGAUACUAAUCACUGAUGUAGAAGUGUUAUUUUUAUAAUUAGAUGAUACAGUAUAUUAGCAGAUAUAACUAGCAAAUAUAGAGGCAAAUAUAUAUUUUCUUUUCUUUGUGAGUAUUGCCAUGCACACUGUACAGAGUGAAUAGCAUGUGUGCAUGACACCGUAGCAUUUGUGUGGCCAGAGAGUCACAUUAUGGCAUCACACAGGUCAAAUGGAAGGUUUUUCCCAACCAGUUCUGCUCUGUAAUGACAUAGUUGAUGAAUGCAUAGAUAUUAUGAUUAUUAGAUUUGCAUACAAUCUAAGAAAUACUAAUCAAAUGUUUGUGGUCAUUUUGUUAAAGGGAUAUAUAUACACUAUAUAAACUUGUUGUUUUUACAGAACAGAUUCUUUAAAAAAGAGGAACAAUUAAACAUAUAUAUAUAUAAUAUAUAUAUAUAUAUAUAUAUAUAUAUAUAUAGACACACAAAUAUAUAUAUAGAUAUAGAUAUAUACGAUGUAUAUUUUUAUAUAUAGCACCUCAAGCUAUUUUGUGGUAACACAGGUAACUUUGUGGGUUUAAUAAAUAUGAAUUGCAUAUUUCACACCUUUUUGUCCAGAGGGGUCAUUUGCCAUAGCAUGUUCAUGGGGAGCUCUGACAGUAUUUCAUACAGUAGUUAGUGCUUUCAUAUUCUCAUGGCGUAUUUAGUAUGUCCUUCUCUUAUCAUAACAUGCAGCAUUAUUACACGAUUUUUGAGCAUAUUGUAGAAAAGUGUCAAGAACAUUGCCUGACAACAAGGCCAUGCUUGAGACGUUAGCUUUUUUGAAAUCAGGGAAGACAGAUAAGACUUAAUGGCAAAAAAAUAAAAAUGACAUGAGAUACUCUCAUGGUAAAAUCACAUUUUUAUCCAUCACAACCAAAGAUAAUCUGUUAUGUAUUUUCCAUAUUUCCAUAUAUACAUAUUUUCCAUAUAUACAUAUUUUUCACUCAGUGCUUCCUUUUUUUUACAAGACAAGUGUAAUAUACUCUCAGUGAUCUUACAGUAAAACAGACACUUUAUUUAUGUGAUAAUCAUCUUAAUGUUUUUUCAUUCAAGGCCAAAUUAUUAAUUUCAGUAUUGGUCAGACUGGUUCACUGUUUAUGAUUAGUCUAGUUUUGUAUUGCUUCUCUAACAUUUAUCAUUGACUAUCUGAGAAUCAGAAGAUAUGAUGCCAUAUUUUUCUCAUUCUGCUCAGAUUAUCAUCCCUCAUGUUGUCAGGUUCAUCUCUGUAGCACAGAUAUGUUAUUAGUGUAUGAAAAGAGCUCUCUUACCCCUGGACAAUCUCCUGUGCAUUUCUUCCUGACGUCAAUCACUCCCCUGAAAAAUACAUGUGUAAAUAUUCCUCAUAUUGUAGUAUUAUUGACAUAUUCGAUAUAUUUGUUUUUACACACACAAAAUAUCUUCAAGGUGUAACCACUGUGAAUAGACCAAAGCAAAUUAACGUUUAAUCUUUUUGCCCUCAUGUAUGUGCUUGUGUAUGUUUCCUUUGUCAAUCUGUAGUCUUUGUAGUCAUGUAUGUAUAUUUUCCUAUUGUAUAUUUCUUGUAAAAAUGUGUUUUUAAUUAAAGAAAGUUGCCUCA